ACUUGAGCAGAUGUCUUUAUAGCGGCGUUUCGGGGCUAGGCCAGUUGGUUCUUCCCUCCCACGACACAAGGCGCCAUGUCGGAUAUCGAGAGCAAGACGUCGAAGAACGAGGACGUCGUGGUCUCGACGCUCGAGGUCGACCAACAUGAUACCUCGCGUAUGGAUACCACGCGAGGGUUGAAAUCGCGGCACAUACAACUUAUCUCGAUCGGCGGUGUCAUUGGAACUGGCCUCUUCAUCGGCUCUGGUCGUGCCUUGGUCAUGGCGGGUCCCUUAUCCUGCCUUCUUGCCUACAGCAUAUUCUGCCUCAUCGUCUGGGCCAUCUCCCAGCCCGCCGGCGAACUUGCCUCCCUAUACGCUGUCAACGGCAGCUUCGUCCACUGGACCCAUCGCUUCAUCGACCCCGCCGCGGGCACCGCGUGCGGUUGGAACUACGCUUACGCCUGCAUCGCUUUUGGAUGCGCGGACAUCGUCGCCGUCACGGGGUUGUUCCAAUACUGGCUACCCGACACGUCUCCAGCGAUCUGGGUCUCUUUCUGCUUGGUCGUAUUUUUCUGCCUGAACGCCUUCGCGGUUCGACUGUAUGGCGAGGCCGAAUUCUACUUCGCAUCCGGCAAGGUCAUCCUCAUCAUCGGGUUCAUCAUCUUCACCUUCAUCGCCAUGCUCGGCGGGAACCCCGAGCACGACCGCUUCGGUUUCAGAUACUGGAAUGAGCCCGGUCCAAUGGUCGAAUAUCUCGUCAGCGGAUCCCUGGGCCGCUUCCUCGGCUUCUGGGGCGUCUUCCGUAUUGCAGCCUUCUCCAUCGGCGGGCCCGAGUUCGUCUCGAUGUGCUCUGGCGAGGCGGAGAACCCCAGGCAAACUAUACCCAAGGCUAUCCGCCGCGUCUUCUGGCGUCUUGCUACUUUCUACGUCCUCGGCAUCUUGUGCGUGGGCAUCCUCAUCGCGUCCAACGACCCAGACUUGAUUGAUGGUAUCGCGAACGGUACUGGUGUCGGCGCCUCGCCCUUCGUCAUCGGAAUGGAGCACCUUGGCAUCCGCGUCCUCCCGCACAUCAUCAACGCCGUCAUCAUCACCUCCGCCACCUCCUGCGGCAACUCCUUCAUCUUCGUCGCCGUGCGCUCCAUCCACGCGCUCGCACGGCAGGGGCAGGCACCGCGCGUCCUCGGCUACACCACCAAGCGCGGCGUCCCGCUCACCGCGCUCCUUUUCGUCCUCGCCAUCUGCUCCUUGUCGUACAUGACCGUCGACCAGGGCGCCGCCGUCGUCUUCGGGUGGUUCAUCGACCUCGCCUCGGUCGCCGCGCUCAUCAACUACUUCUGGAUCUGCCUCGCGUGGAUUCGCUGGGACGCGGGCAUGAAGGCGCAGGGGAUGUCGCGCGAGAACCUGCCCUUCCGCGGGAUUUUGAUGCCGUACUCGGCGUGGUUUGGGCUCGUUUGGUGUGUGUUGCUUGCAGUCACCAACGGCUUCGCGGUUUUCAUCAAGAUCGACGGCGACUUCAACAUCCAGGGCUUCUUCACCGCCUACUUCGGCAUCGCGCUCUCCCUCUGCAUCUACUUUGGCUGGAAGCUCGUUAAGCGGCCCGCGCUGCGGAAGGCGAAGGAGAUGGAUCUCACGAGCGGUCUCGAGGAGAUCGACGCGGACGAGGAGUACUGGAAACAGAACUACCAGCCGCCGACGACGCUCUGGGGCAAGUUCGUCGACUGGCUGCUGUAGUCGGUCUUACUGGCUAUUGUAGCCGGUCUUACUGGCUAUAUUAGUCGGCCAGACUUUGGCGUCCUGCUGGUCACUCCUUCGGGCACGGAGUCAAACGAUCUGACGAGGAUGUACGAGUUUUUCACGAUUGCCAUCGUUUGUAUAUACGGUACUGUAGCUGUCACAAGCCUUUACGCUCGUUCGUAUCAGUUGCAUCGGACGGAGCGAGUCGAGGGCAUCGGAGCUAGUCGAGAGCAUCGGAGCGAGUCGAAGAGCAUCAUCUAUAGAGAGUAGAGUAGUGUAACAUAUCCAGGUAUUGUAUCAUCAACGUCGCAUAGAGGGAUACGCAUGUUUUUGGUUCUAUC